AAGUGUGACCCCUGCGCUAGGGAGAGGCGAGGCGGGUGCGCAGGAAGAUGCCGAGAUGGGACCGGGAAACAACACCCCCCUCGCCCCGCCCAAGCCACCCACUGUGUCUCUCAGCCUGAAGUUCCCCGAGAGCGGCCGAAGGACCCCAAAGGCUGUGCUGCGUCUCCUUGAACCCCUAGCCGCCCCAGCGUCACCACUCUUGUGGGGGCUUCGCGUUCCCUCCCGGGUUUCGGAGCCACCACGUGACUUCCACGAAGCGCAGGGCCCCCGGAAAGCCGCGGCAGGGGUGGGAUUUGGGACCCCGAGAGCCCAGAGGAUGAUGACCGGAAGGUCCGAAGGAGAGAAAAAAACCGAGUUGCUGCUCAGAGAAGUCGGAAGAAGCAGACCCAGAAGGCUGACAAACUCCACGAGCGUUAGGUCCCCACGUUGAUUGCUCCAGGCAAGACCUCAGUUCCAGACCCCCGAACCUGUAUCUCCAGUGUCUGCUUAGAUGUCUCCAGAUGGGUCUGCUGCAGGCUGCUUGGAUGCAACGUGACCGUGAUAUGUGUGUUUACCCUGAGACUCUCUCUUCUCACUGUCUUAAAGUUGAGUUAAUGGACCUAACCACCUUUCUCAUCACCCACAUCAGGAACCUGGGGUUUAUCCUGAACUCUUCCAUUUUCCUCUACCCUUAUGCAUAAUCCCACAUAAUCUCACAGCCAGGACAUGGGAUUUGCACUAUCAGGCACUGGCCUCAAAGGCAUCCAAGCAUCUGUGCAAAGAAUUGGUGAUGGUUCUGAACUCUCACCUUUAGACAGGGUUGGUGUGAAUAAUUGAGGGUUUUAAUUUAGCCCUUCCCUGCCUGCUCUCUUGUCAUAGCUUGUCUUAGCAAGGUGAGUCUGGGGGCAUUGACAGCAUAGCAGAUACCGAGGUGUUAUGAGGGGGGAGAACGAUCUCUGAAAACUUUUCACAGUGAACUGAGAACAGAUUUAGGAUGCACGUACUCCAGGGAGAGGUGACUCACUGAUAGAAAUUCACAGUGGGCAUAAAUUACAAAUAUCAGACUCUUUCCUGGAAAUAGGAAGGCUGGGCCCUAAAAAGAGAUAAGAUCCUCAGGUGAGGAUCAGAGAAGGUCCUUCCCAGCCUGGACUGGUUCUGUAAACUUUCCACAGAAGAGGUGGGAUGUCCUUUGCCUCCUUUCUUCCUCCCCCCUUGCUCCUGAAGCAGUCCUGGUUCUAUCUUCAUGUUACCAGAUAACCCCAGAAGGCACUUGUGGCUCAAUUAGCGCAUGGCCCUGCGUUCAGACCCCGUGUGCCAGCUGGACAGCCAGGGUCCUUCCCCUCAAGAAGCUUCUCGUCUAAGCCAGGUGCAUUAAUAUAAGAAAACACUAGGGGACACUCAGUUGUAAGUCCCAAGUGAUUAUGUCCAUGGUGGUGGCUAAAUGACAUCGACAAGACCUUCCAUGGAGCAAGGGUGAGUAGAUUCAUUCCACAAAUAUUUGUUAGCACCACCAUGGGCAAGGCCUGGCUGCUGGGUCACAGAAAGGAGUAAGAUCUCAUUCCUAUUUUUGGAAGCAUAAGAGUUUUCAAGGAAAGUGUAUUCUUUUCCUAUGGACUCUGUUAUAAAUUAUGACAAAUAUGACAAC